AUGAAUUUAGACACUGCGAGAUUUGCAGUACUUGUAUACCUGAUUUUGAUCACCAUUGUUUAUGGAUUGGAAAUUGUUUUAUCAUCAUUCUAUGCCUUUGUAAUUGGAUCUUUAACCUUAUUGAGUAAUAAUAUGAAUAAUUUUUUGGAGUAUACCCAAAAUUUUGAAUUAUCUUGGAAGCUUCAAUAUACUCUACUCUCUAACUAUCCUUGGGUAUACUUAGCCUGUAUUACAUGCUGUCUAAGUGCUAUUAUAAAGCUAAUCUUUGCUCUCUUCCAUUGCUCUAUAUUAGUUUUAUAUAGGCAAACUACAUAUAAAUACUUUAGACGCAUGAGAUCUUUUAGUUAA